AUGUGCGGCGUUCUAGCCACCGGGCCAGCCCAGCCCCCAGGUCUCGGCAUCUGCCCCCGCCGAGCUCUAGCCAUCAUCGUCCGCCACGCCACGAAGAACUUUGGCCUACACUUCCAGGUGGGAUUCGAGGUGGAAUUUGAAGUCUUUCGUUCACCUCAAGCUGACCCGUCGAGAAGCGAGACCCUCGUUCCUGCAAGCACAUCCCUGGGCCUUUUCGCUGUGGACGGACUACGCGCAAGCAUAGCACCCCUCAUUGAGGAGGCAGUCCACCAUCUUUUGGACAUCGGCGUCGGCAUUUAA